CAUCUAUAAAGGCAAUUGCAAUUCACAUGCAAAGCAUAAAAGGGCAGAGUACAAUUGGGCAUCUGAUCAUUCAUCAUCAAUUCAUCACCCCAUUAUCUAUAUAUCUCUUUCUGUCAAAACACUAUUAGCCCUUUUCUCCCAACUCCCAAUGGAUUCAAAGAGUGUGAGUUUUUGCAUUAUCUUCUUCUUCUUCUUCUUCAUGGUAACAUUGUGUGGUGUUGUGAGGUCGGACAUGGCGAAGGACAGGGCGGAAUGCGCGGACCAGCUGGUCGGGCUCGCCCCUUGUCUUCCUUACGUUAGCGGCGACGCCAAAUUGCCGACGCCGGAUUGUUGCACGGGGAUCAAAGGGGUGGUGGAGAAGAGCAAGAAGUGUUUGUGUAUAUUGGUGAAGGAUAGGGAUGAUCCUAGCCUUGGGUUUAAGAUCAAUGCUACUCUUGCUCUUAGCCUUCCUGAUAAGUGCCAUGCACCGGCUAAUAUAUCCCAAUGCCCUGAUCUCCUGCACUUGGCUCACAAUUCACCAGAUGCUAAGAUAUUUGAAGAUUUCAACAAAACUGCCCCAGUUACUGAAGUUAAAGGUAGCCCCAGUGGAGAAGCAAGAAAAGCUGAUGACAAAAGUGAUGUUGGCAAGAGAAAGCGAUGGUUGGCCAUGGAGCUCUUUGUCGCAACAUUGAUUCAUGUGUUGUCCCAUCUUUGAAUUUUUUUCUUUUUAACGUUUUAUUAUAUUGUUUGUACCUUACAUACAUUUUUAUUUGUUUGAAAAAAACAACUUGUUCUCCACACAUUUUACUAUUUAAUUUGUGUCUAUGUUGUUAGGUUCAAGGUAUCAUCAAAUGCUAAAAAAAAUUAUAUUUUUUGGUAUACUAAAAAGUAAAUAAGUAUAUCUGAUUUUUUUAA